CCCUGCCUGACCCCCUGUCCCCGCAGGCCCCGAUGCCCUGCCCUCGGCCCCCCUGGCUCCACCGGCCCCGGCCCCGCCCGGGCUCGGGACACGGCUCUCCGGGCUCCCUCUCUGCGCCCGGCUCCCCGGGCAGGCGGGAGGACGACGACGAGAAGGACGAGGAGGACGCCAGCCCGGGGUCAGGCCCCAUCCUGUGCCCCGCGUCCCCCGUGGAGUGCCUCAUCUGCGUGUCGCCCUUCGACGGCCUCUUCAAGUUGCCCAAGCGCCUGGACUGCGGCCACGUCUUCUGCCUCGAGUGCCUGGCGCGCCUGUCGCUGGCCACGGCGGGCGGCGGCGACGCGGUGGCCUGCCCGGUGUGCCGCGCGCCCACGCGCCUGGCCCCGCGCCGCUCGCUGCCCGCGCUGCCCACGCAGGCCGGCCUGCUGCCCCGCGGCCGCGCGCCCCCGCCGCGCCAGGGCUCCGUGCGCUUCGACCGCCGCCGCGGCCUCCUCUACCUGCGGCCGCCGCCGCCGCCCGCACCGCGCAAGGCCCGCGCCCCGCGCCCGCCGCCGCCGCCGCCGCUGCGCCUCGGCCGCCCGCUGUCGCGCCGCCUGACGCUGGCCAGCCCGGCCUGGGUCUUCCACGCGGCCGUGGCGCUGGCCGUGCUGGUGGCCGCGGGCCUGGUGGUCUCAGGCGUCUACAUCUUCUUCCUCAUCCCGCGCGCCGCCGUCUCCGCCCCGGCGCGGCCCCAGCUCGUGGCCCUCGCCCCGGCGCCCAGCUUCUGGUUCCCGCCGCGGCCCACGCCGGGGGCGCCCGGGGCCUCCCCGUGGACGCCGGGCCCCGGGAGCCCCGACCUGGACACCGCCCGGCCGGGGGCGACAGAGGACGCCCUGGAGCUGGAGGGGGACCUUGAGAACCCGGCAGAAACUGAGGGGAGACGGGACUGGAGUUUGGACCAAAUGUACCUUCCAGAGGCCCUGACUCGGAUCGCUGUGGGGUCCCACUGGGAGAUCGUGGGACAGCAGCUCCUGGAGCCCCCAGCCCAGGUGUCCGGCGUGCAGCGGUUGCCCUACAUACCAGGUGUCGGGGGAGUGACCGAGAGGCAGCCUGGGCCUGCGGGGUGCCUGUGCUUCCAGCCACUCCGGUCCCAGGUGUGCCUGCAGGGCCAGGUCCAGUGUGAGUUGCUGCUGAACAGGGCAAUCCUCUUUCGGCCUGGCCUCAAGCACCAGGGACCAGGGGAGCCCUCGCGAGGCGGGGAGGGUGGUAGGGCAUCUUCUCCAGCCCGAAGAUCCAGCACUUCAGGAGGGUGUGGGAAGAUGCACCGGACACCUCAGCAGCGGUCCGAGAUCGACGACCGAAGUCCCGCCCCUACCUGUGCGGCCAGCCCCCAUACGCUCCACUACUGGACAGUCAUUGGCUACGUCGGUGUGGGCGCACAGCGUGGGGCCCUCUGGCAACGGAUGGGGCGGGGCUUCUGGCGUUGCCAUUGGUGUCCUCUUUUUGCUGCUGGUGCCAGGGUCCCAGCGGCUGGGGAAACCCGAGUGCGGGCCGGAGCGGCUUUCCUGGAGAUCACAUGGACCGAGGAGAAAGGCAGGCCCUCCCCGCGCCUUUCCUUUCUUGACACUCGGUGUCGCCGACUGUGGAACGGGCUCCACGAGUCUCGAGUUUCCACACCCGCGCUCCGUCCUUGCGGCCCCGGAGAAGACCGCUAG